GAGUCUGCGCAGUUGGUUCUCUCUUCCUCUCUUCCCUUUCCAAAAUGACUGCCCGUUUAAAGAAGACCAGAAAGCUUAGAGGCCAUGUGAGCCAUGGCCACGGCCGUGUUGGAAAGCACCGCAAACAUCCCGGAGGUCGUGGAAACGCUGGUGGACAACAUCACCACCGAAUUAACUUCGAUAAAUACCAUCCUGGUUAUUUUGGUAAAGUUGGUAUGCGUCAUUUCCACUUGAAGAAGAAUGUUUACCACAAGCCAUCCAUCAAUCUUGAUCGUGUUUGGACGUUAGUCAGUGAACAGACCAGACAAAACUACAAGAACAAAAAGGAUGGCCCAGUACCUGUCAUUGAUGUCGUCAAAGCUGGAUACUUCAAGGUUCUCGGCAAAGGUCUUCUCCCUAAACAACCAGUCAUUGUCAAGGCCAAGUUUUUCAGUCGGCGAGCAGAAGAUAAAAUCAAGGCAGUUGGUGGUGCUUGUGUACUCAUGGCAUAAGCAUUGAGGAAAAUUGGUCUUUGUAUAAAUGAAUAAAACAAUUACACCUA